AUGGAUGUAUAUUCUAGAGAUUCUACGCUUCAGAGCCUACUGUCGGGCCCUCUCCACCCAGCCUACUGUCGGGCCCUCUCCAUCCAGCCUACUGUCGGGGCCUCUCCACCAGCCUACUGUCAGGCCCUCUCCACCCAGCCUACUGUCAGGCCCUCUCCACCCAGCCUACUGUCAGGGCCCUCUCCACCCAGCCUACUGUCAGGCCCUCUCCACCCAGCCUACUGUCAGGCCCUCUCCACCCAGCCUACUGUCGGGGCCUCUCCACCAGCCUACUGUCAGGCCCUCUCCACCCAGCCUACUGUCAGGCCCUCUCCACCAGCCUACUGUCAGGGCCCUCUCCACCCAGCCUACUGUCAGGCCCUCUCCACCCAGCCUACUGUCAGGCCCUCUCCACCAGCCUACUGUCAGGGCCCUCUCCACCCAGCCUACUGUCAGGCCCUCUCCACCCAGCCUACUGUCAGGGCCCUCUCCACCAGCCAACUAUGGGAGAGCGGAAAUGUAGCUGACGUGUCAGAAAUAACUCUGCAACUAAUGUUUAUAUAA